CUGAGGCUGAGGCUGGGGCUGGCGGCCAUGGGGCUGGCCUGGCCCCAGGCCUGGUUGGUGGGCCUGCCUACAGCUGUGGUCUAUGGCUCCCUGGCCCUCUUCAUCUCCAUCCUGCACAAUGUAUUCCUGCUGUACUAUGUCGAAACCUUUGUGUCAGUGUACAGGAUCAACAAGGCAGCCUUCUGGGUCGGAGAGACGGUGUUUCUCAUCUGGAACAGCCUCAAUGACCCCCUCUUCGGCUGGCUCAGUGAUCGCCAGUUCCUCAGCUCCCAGCCCCGGUUGGGCGCUGGGCUCUCCUCGAGGGCCGUGGUGCUGGCCCGGGUGCGGGCACUGGGCUGGCACGGGCCACUGCUGGCGCUGUCAUUCCUGGCAUUCUGGGUGCCCUGGGCCCCAGCUGGCCUACAGUUCUUGCUGUGCCUGUGCCUCUACGACGGCUUCCUGACCCUUGUGGACCUGCACCAUCAUGCCUUGCUGGCUGACCUGGCCCUCUCAGCCCACGACCGCACUCACCUCAACUUCUACUGCUCCCUCUUCAGUGCCGUGGGCUCCCUCUCUGUCUUUGCCUCCUACGCCUUCUGGAACAAGGAGGACUUCUCCUCCUUCCGUGCCUUCUGUGUGGCACUGGCCGCUGGCUCCGGGCUGGGCUUUGUGGGGGCCACGCGGCUGCUAAGGAGGCGAGUUGAGGCGGCCAGCAGGGAGCCAGGUUGCCCAGCCCUGGCUGUGGAUGGCGGCCUGUGUGGAGAGGAACUCCUUGUGGGCAGCGAGGAAGCAGGCAGCAUCACCUUGGGUCAGUACCUCCGGCAGCUGGCACGCCACCGGAACUUCCUGUGGUUCGUGGGCAUGGAUUUGGUGCAGGUCUUUCACUGCCACUUCAACAGCAACUUCUUCCCCCUCUUCCUGGAGCACCUGUUGUCAGACCACAUCUCCCUGUCCACGGGCUCUUUCCUGUUGGGCAUCUCUUACGUGGCGCCACAUCUCAACAAUCUCUACUUCCUGCCCCUGUGCCGGCGCUGGGGAGUCUACGCCGUGGUGCGGGGGCUCUUCCUGCUCAAGCUGGGCCUUAGCCUCCUCAUGCUGUUGGCUGGCCCUGACCGUCCCGGCCUGCUCUGCUUCUUCAUCGCCAGUAACCGUGUCUUCACUGAGGGCACCUGUAAGCUGCUCACCUUGGUGGUCACCGACCUGGUGGACGAGGACUUGGUGCUGAACCACCGCAAGCAGGCAGCCUCAGCGCUGCUCUUUGGCAUGGUUGCCCUGGUGACCAAACCAGGCCAGACCUUUGCCCCAUUGCUGGGUACCUGGCUGCUCUGCUUCUACACAGGCCAUGAUGUCUUCCAGCAGGCCCCACUAGCCCCUGUGGGGAGUGCCCGGCCCUGGCCAGAGCCCCCAGCCCCACCCCCGGCACAGGCCCCGACGCUUCGUCAGGGCUGCUUCUACCUGCUGGUGCUGGUGCCCAUCACCUGUGCUCUGCUGCAGCUGUUUACCUGGUCUCGGUUCACACUGCAUGGGAGACGCUUGCACACGGUCAAAGCCCAGCGCCAGAACCUGUCACAGGCUCAAAGCCUGGAUGUUAAGACAGUGUGAGAAGUGGGGCGGGGCCACCUGAGGAAGACACUGCCCGCAGCC